CUUGUGCCGUGCGCCGUUCGCUGUUCGCUGUGUUUCGAAUCCGGCUCAAAGAAAUAUUAAUAACCAUAAACUAGUGCGCUCCAUAAAUUAUUGUGCAUAACUGAAUAAAAGGGCGUACGAGAUGUACCAACGCCAGGUUUCCUUUGAUAAGCCGACGCGCAUCGAAGACUCGGCCUAUAUAGCCGAGGGGGUGGACAUACAGGAGGCGCGCAACACGUGCCUCCUCUUCUCGCCCAAGGACUCGUCCUUGUCCAGCGGUGUUCUGGCCAAGACCCUGAAAAUUUUCAAGAGGCACGACGUCAAUCUGCUGCACAUCGAAUCGCGCUCUUCGCUCCGUGUGCCCGGCUAUGAGUUUUUUGUAGAGUGCGAGGCCAAGUCCGGCAACUUGGGCCGAGCCAUUGAUGAUCUGAAGGAGCAGUGCAGCUACUUCAAUAUAAUUUCACGCGACUACAAGGACAAUGCCACGGCUGUUCCUUGGUUUCCACGUCGCAUACGCGAUCUGGAUCGCUUCGCCAAUCAGAUUCUAAGCUAUGGCGCCGAGCUGGACUCCGAUCAUCCGGGCUUCACCGAUCCCGAGUAUCGCAAGCGUCGCAAGUACUUUGCCGACAUCGCCUAUAACUAUAAACAUGGAGAGCCGUUGCCCCAUGUCCAGUACUCCAAGGAGGAAAUUGAGACCUGGGGCAUCAUCUUUCGCAAUCUGACCAAGCUCUACAAGACGCAUGCGUGUCGGGAAUAUAAUCACGUUUUCCCCCUGCUCAUCGACAAUUGCGGCUUUCGUGAGGACAACAUUCCGCAGCUGGAGGACGUGUCCAACUUUUUAAGAGAUUGCACAGGCUUUACCCUGCGUCCAGUUGCUGGCUUGCUGAGCUCCCGAGAUUUUUUGGCUGGCCUGGCCUUCCGUGUCUUCCACUCCACUCAGUACAUCAGACAUCCUAGCAAGCCGAUGUAUACCCCCGAACCGGAUGUGUGCCACGAGUUGUUGGGUCAUGUGCCGCUCUUCGCCGACCCGGCCUUCGCUCAGUUCAGUCAGGAAAUCGGCCUGGCCUCUUUGGGAGCGCCCGAUGAUUACAUAGAGAAGCUGUCUACGAUCUUUUGGUUUACGGUCGAGUAUGGCCUGUGCCGCCAGGAGGGCGAGCUGAAGGCCUAUGGUGCCGGUUUGUUGUCCUCGUAUGGCGAACUCGAGUACUGCCUGACCGACAAGCCGCAGCUGAAGGACUUCGAGCCCGAAGUCACAGGCAUUACCAAGUAUCCCAUUACCCAGUUCCAGCCGCUGUACUAUGUGGCCGACAGCUUCGAGCAGGCCAAGGAGAAGACCAUCAAAUUCGCCAACUCAAUUCCGCGUCCUUUUGGCGUGCGCUACAACGCCUACACACAGAGCAUUGAGGUGCUGGAUUCGAAGCCCCAGAUUCACAAUCUGAUGAACAACAUUAACUCCGAGUUCCAGAUUCUGCAGAAUGCCAUUGGAAAGCUGCGCGUUUGAUCGAAACUGAAUGUUAGCCCCGCUGCGUACUAUAUAUGCAUAUAAAUAGUACGUAUCUUAAGUUAUAGAAUUGUAAGCGUCUUACUUAGCCAUAAAUAAAAAAUAAAUAAAAAUAUGUUUUAAAAAUAAAAUUAAGGACAAUACA